AUGGAUUCUCAAUUCUUGCUUGGUAUUGCACUUUCAUCCAUUGGUGGCUUUAGCACUUCCAUUGGUGCACUUUUUGUUAUUAUGAGUAAAGCUCCAAGUUUGAGGAUGCUUGGACUAUUACAGGGUUUUGCUGCUGGUUUAAUGCUGAGCAUAUCAUUCUUUGAUCUUGCUCAUAAUGCCAUAAACUCACUUGGCUUCCUAAGAGGCAAUCUUUGGUUUUUUUCUGGUGUCGUAUUUUUUGCUAUUGUUGCCCACUUUAUUCCAGAACCAACCGUUCCUCCACCCGAUAAGAAAAACAAAAAGGUUGGUAAUGAAGAAAACAAGAACACCAUGAAAAAACGUCGCCGCCAGGUUUUAUUCAGUGGAAUUAUUACAGCCAUAGGUAUAAGUUUACAUAAUUUUCCGGAAGGCAUGGCAGUGUACCUUGGAUCCAUGAAGGGUCUUCGGGUUGGUCUUAACCUUGCAUUGGCCAUUGCUCUGCACAAUAUCCCUGAGGGUGUUGCCGUCGCACUUCCUGUUUAUUUUGCAACAGAGAGUAAAUGGCAGGCAUUCAAAUUGGCAUCACUUUCUGGCUUAGCUGAGCCCUUAGGUGUUGUUAUUGUUGCAUGUCUAUUUCCUACGAGCCUAAAUCCUGAAAUUCUCGAGGGUUUGCUGGCAUCGGUUGGUGGUGUUAUGGCUUUUAUAACCCUUCAUGAAAUGCUGCCAUUGGCUUUCGAGUAUGCCGGACAGAAACAAUCUGUUAAGGCUGUCUUCUGCGGAAUGGCUUUCAUGUCUGCGAGCCUGUAUUUUCUGCGUUUGAGUUUACCAGAGGACACUGGUGUCUAG